AUAAAAUAAAUAAAUCACACGUCUAUCAUACAUACAACAAUAAUACUUUUCGACCUGUGGGAAGGGCAAAAUCCACGGCUAAAACACAAUAUGGACCGAGGAUUCAUGGAUAAAGUGCGGUCGUUCUUUGGUUUGGGGCUGCAGCCUCCGCGAAACGAUUUUCGUAAUCCGAUUUGGGGAUCGGACGACGAUGACGACGACGGAGAUGAGUUGUACACUAGGCAGAACUUGGACCUCCACUCACAUCUCGACUUCCACAACGAACUAACCCAGCACAUGCACGACAUAAUCAGCUCGUUCGGUGGGAUAUUCGGUGACAUGAAAACAUUCUUCAACGACGAUCAUUUGGAGCACUUUGACAUGUUCACUAACACGCCGACAUUGGACAGCGAUACACCCGAACCGGACACGUUUGACAGUAACAGAAUAAGAGAUUACUACCUGAAACCCGGAUACCAUAAGAAGUUUAACAGACCUAAGGACGUUGAUCUGGAUGGUGAAAUAUUGUCCCAUGAGAUACCUGCGUUAUUUAACAAGAAAGAUGACCCUAAUAGUGUUGUCAAGCCUUUUGAUGGCAACUUAGUGCAGGGAUUUCCGUUUUGCCAGACAGUUAUUACAACCAGUGUGAAAAAGUCAGAUGGCUCCGUUGAAACCCGGAGAAUUGUGAAGAGGGGUAACAAAGUAAUUGAGGAAACAACAACAUCAACAGAGCCUAGUAAUAAUGGCCCACAUUCACCAGGUUUGGAUUCAGUGUCCUCCCCUGCUGGUUUCUUUGUGCCGAACCUAGGUUCAUUAUUUCACAACUUUUAUUAGUAAUUACUAUUGACGUAGAUUAGAUAAAUGUUAAGAGGGAAAUUUAAAAUUCUAGUAAGAUUAUGGCACAUUAGUUUACUCUAAAAGCCUUUUACCUUUUACUUGGAUUUAACAAUGCUUGUGUGUCAUGGUAUAUUACUUCUAGCAAUUUGCUGGUCGGGGUCGAUAUCAUAAUGAUUAUAUCUUCAUAAUGACCUGAUCAGCAUAAGGACUAGAUUGCAAAAUAACCUCCUCUGCAGAAAGGCUAUAACUUACAAUGGUUUUGUAGCAAAACAACUAGUGUAGUGUGGGAGUAGGAAAAAAAAGGGUAUAAGACAAAUCAAUACUGUUACCAAAAAUUUUAUUAGCUGGUAGUACAAAUGGUGUCAACCUUGUUGCAAAAUGCAUUGUGUACCAGAUGUAUAUGAUACAUAACUAGAAAUAUCUAUAGAAACCUGCAAUGUAGUUGAUAUGCCGCAGUGUGAAAUCCAUGUAAGAGGAAGAAUGGCACAGAUUUAUUUUAAUAACGCUCAAUUUGUUAAUGUAUCACACACAUGUAUGUAGCAAUGUUAAAUACUAAAAACCAAUAUAUCUUUUCUGUAUGUAUGGUAUCUCUUCUGUGUGUAAUCCUCUUACCUUUAGCUUUGUAGAUAUAUACAACACAUGUUGAGUAUAUUUUGCAAUAUUUAAUAAUAACAAUGUUUAAAACACAAUAGCCAUAGCGGAAUGUUUUCAUUUAGCAUUAUAGAUAUACGAAGCAGCGUACUUCCAUUUCCAAAUGCUUCUGGUUUAUUUGGUUGGCCUUAUACAUUAGUAGCAAUGUAAUUUCACAUGAGGGCCAUUGGCUUUAAUGCCUACAUAAAAACAGCCAUUAUGUGUCCGUUGCUUUAAACGAAAGUCUAUUUUCAGCCGCCCAAAUUGAAUUAUCAAAUACAUAAUAAUAUAUAAAUGAGAAAUAGCAACAUGGUGCAACCACUAAAGAUACAAUUAUGAAAAUCGUGUUGCUUAUUACAAGUCCAAAUUACAUAUCAGUUUUUUAAUACUGAUUUGUUUAUUACGAAACUGGCAGUACGCUGGCUUUUUUAUGAAUUGUUUCAUAGUUUGAUGAUCUGCAGGAAUAUUGAAAUGUAGAAUAAAAUAUCAUUCCCAAUAAAAAGAUAGAUAGAUUAUUUAGUUUACACAUAAAGAGUGAGACUUAAGAGGAACAUCUUCACAUUGUCUUCAUCUAUAUGACAAAUUCACUAAUUUUCGCUUAGGCUAUUACAAAAACAUUAGAAACUUUUUGUUGUCUUGAAAAUUGGAAGGUUUUAAAAUUUGGUACUAUAAGUUGAAACAUAUAAACCAUAACCAACAUAAAUUUUGAUUGAGUUAAUUGUAAUUUACUUAUUACCAGGUAUUAAAAGCAGGCAUUAAAAGCAAGACCGGACAGUCCUCUUAAUUCUCCAAAGUCAGUAGUACUAGUAUAUUGAAGGGAGAAUGUCAUGCAUCAAUGCUAAUUUGCAACAUUUUCUGUGUACCUACCUAGUUUCCGUUAUUUUAAUAUCCGCCCUUCACCACUGCAAAUAAUUAGGUAUAUUUAUUCAAUUACCCAAUAUUUCUUAAUAUAGUCAUUUAAAAUCAUAAUCUGUAACUUACAAGUUAGAAAAUUGUAGUUUCCUGUCAAACUAAUAGUUAAAUUUUGCAACAUACAUAAUGAUUAUAAAUAUA